CGCUUGGGCCGCCUCCUCCUCUGCCUCAGCUGGGACCCCGGGAGCGGGGCACAGGUGUUGCCUUCGCCCUCGCGCUGCUGCAGCAAAGCCUCGGACCUCUGAGCCGCUGGCACCACAGAGCCUGCAAAAAUGCUGUGGAAAGCCCAUCAGCUUUUGAGGAAAUUCUCCACCACGGCCACAGCUUAUCAACGUAAGCUAAAGCUAGCCCUGAUAGGUCAGAGUAUUUUUGGUCAAGAAGUCUAUAGACACCUGCAGAAAGAGGGCCAUAAAGUCGUGGGAGUGUUCACCAUUCCAGACGUGAAUGGGAAAGCUGACCCUUUGGCACUGGCAGCAGAGAAAGAUGGCACUCCUGUUUUUAAGUUCCCCAGAUGGAGAGUUAAGGGCAAGCCUAACCGGGAAGUAGUUGAAGCCUACAAAUCAGUUGGAGCAGAUCUAAAUGUACUUCCAUUCUGUACACAGUUCAUCCCUAUGGAUGUUAUUGACAGUCCUAAGCAUGGAUCAAUUAUCUACCAUCCAUCCAUCCUUCCCCGCCACAGAGGAGCUUCAGCUAUCAAUUGGACUUUAAUUCAAGGAGAUAAAAAAGCAGGGUUUACUAUUUUCUGGGCUGAUGAUGGUCUGGAUACUGGACCAAUUCUUCUGCAACGGGAAUGUGAUGUAGGACGGAACGAUACCGUGGAUGACUUAUAUAAUAAUUUUCUUUUCCCAGAAGGCAUAAAAGCUAUGGUAGAAGCUGUCCAGCUAAUUGCUGAUGGUAAAGCUCCUCAGAUGCCUCAGCCUGAAGAAGGGGCAACAUAUGAAGGGAUCCAGAAGAAAGAAAAUGCAGAGAUUUCUUGGGACAAGCCUGCAGAAGCUUUGCAUAACUGGAUCCGAGGGCAUGAUAAAGUACCUGGAGCUUGGACAGUGAUUGAUGGCCAGAUGGUUACUUUCUAUGGAUCAUCAUUACUUGAUGGACCAGUGCCUCCUGGACAACCGUUGGCAAUAAAAGGCACCACAAAAUCUGGGCUUAUAACCAAAAAUGGCCUAGUUCUUUUUGGUAAUGAUGGAAAGAUGUUGUUGGUGAGAAAUCUACAAUUUGAAGAUGGAAAAAUGAUCCCUGCAUCUAAAUACUUUUCAUCUGAUGACAUGUCUGUCAUAGAACUUACAGAAGAGGAGAAAAAGAUGGCGGAAGAUAUCAAGUCCAUUUGGAAGGGAAUUUUGAGCAAUGUUGCUGUAAUUGAGGAUUCUACAGACUUCUUCAAAUCUGGAGCAUCCUCGAUGCAUGUUGUCAGAAUGAUUGAAGAGAUCAAACAAAAAUAUGGUGGACUUCAGCUGCAAAAUGAAGAUGUGUAUAUGGCCACUAAGUUUGCAGACUUUAUUCAGAUGGCUGUGAGGAAACUGAGGGGAGAGGAUGAAGAAGAAGAAUUAGUCAUAGAUUAUGUUUCAAAAAAUGUUAACAAUAUGAAUGUGAAGAUGCCUUACCAGUGUUUUAUAAAUGGACAGUUUAUGAAUGCUGAAGAGGGAAAAACAUAUGACACUAUAAACCCAACAGAUGGAUCAAUAAUAGCAAAGGUGUCUUAUGCUUCAGUGGCUGAUGUUGACAAGGCAGUAGCAGCAGCAAAAGAUGCAUUUGAAAAUGGUGAAUGGGCAAGAAUGAAUGCAAGGGAAAGAGGGAGAUUAAUGUACAGACUUGCUGACCUGAUGGAAGAACACCAAGAGGAAUUAGCAACAAUUGAGGCCAUUGACUCAGGAGCUGUCUACACUCUAGCUUUGAAGACCCAUGUAGGAAUGUCUGUGCAAACAUUCAGAUACUUUGCUGGAUGGUGUGACAAAAUUCAGGGGUCUACAAUCCCGAUUAGCCAAGCACGCCCAAACCAUAACCUAACAUUCACCAAGAAGGAACCCAUAGGAGUCUGUGCAAUUGUUAUCCCCUGGAAUUACCCACUGAUGAUGCUUGCAUGGAAGAGUGCAGCAUGCUUGGCUGCAGGCAACACGUUAGUUCUCAAACCAGCACAGGUGACUCCUUUGACUGCCUUAAAGUUUGCAGAGCUCUCAGCUAAAGCAGGAUUUCCCAAAGGCGUUAUAAAUAUUCUGCCUGGUUCAGGUGGUUUAGUGGGACAGCACUUGUCUGAACACCCAGAUAUCCGCAAACUUGGAUUUACUGGUUCAACUCUUAUUGGUAAACAGAUCAUGAAGAGCUGUGCAGUCAGUAAUCUGAAGAAAGUCUCCCUUGAACUUGGUGGUAAAUCCCCACUGAUCAUUUUUGAGGACUGUGAACUUGACAAAGCUGUGAGAAUGGGCAUGGGAGCAGUAUACUUCAACAAGGGAGAAAACUGCAUUGCAGCUGGCAGACUGUUUGUGGAAGAAUCAGUUCACGAUGAAUUUGUUAGGAGAGUGGUGGAAGAAAUCAAAAAGAUGAAAAUUGGUGACCCACUCGAUAGAGCAACAGAUCACGGUCCACAGAAUCACAAGGCUCAUCUGGAAAAGCUGCUGGAAUAUUGUGAAAUUGGAGUGAAAGAAGGAGCGACAUUAGUGUACGGAGGAAGACAAGUAUGUAGACCAGGUUUCUUCAUGGAACCCACUGUAUUUACAGAUGUUGAAGACCAUAUGUACCUUGCCCAGGAAGAAUCCUUUGGUCCUAUUAUGGUAAUUUCAAAGUUUAAGAAUGGGGAUGUCGAUGGAGUGUUAAAACGUGCAAACAACACAGAAUAUGGCUUAGCUUCAGGGGUUUUCACAAGAGACCUAAGCAAAGCUCUGUACGUUAGUGAAAAUCUAGAAGCAGGAACAGUUUUCAUUAACACAUAUAACAAAACUGAUGUGGCAGCACCAUUUGGUGGAUUCAAACAAUCUGGCUUCGGAAAAGAUUUAGGUGAAGAAGCUCUUCAUGAGUACCUCAGAACUAAAGCUGUAACUGUGGAGUAUUAAAGAAACAGCUCAGCUUGACUGCCAAAGCAAACCCCUUGCUGACAGCCUCAAUUUUAAGUAUUCUGUUAAGCACUUAAUACAAUGCCCAGGAUAUAUUCUCUGAAGUAAUACCACUAACAAAAAGCAAAUCAUAUUUAUCCAUGGAAAAUAUUAAGGACCAAAUUCUAGCCCCACUAAAGUCACAAGGAGUUUGGCAACUUACUUUAGUAGAACUAAAAUUUGGUCUUUAGAUAUCUAAACCUUCCGAGUUGUUCUUAACUUGGACAAUGGGAGAUUGCUUAUGUAAGACUGAAGGAUUGGGCCCAUGAUGUGCCUAAAUUUUUUAUUAUGAGAUGUAUUUUACACAAUCAUUUUAAACCUUUUAACAUACAUUUAGUCAUUAAGCUUCUCUUAAAAUGUACUUUAAAAUGCAUAUUAUACAGUUUUGUUAUAAAACAGUUCAAGUUUUUCAACAAAAGUAUACAGCUCUGACUUUUCAGCAGUAAAGGAAACCUUAGUGCCAUAAAAUGGAAAUAAAUUCAAGAAAGUGCACUUACUACGAUCUUUGUUAAACUAUGAAUAUUAAGCUGAAGUUAUUGAAAAUAUAUUCUAUCUUUUUGUGAA